ACAGCAUCUUGCGCAACCUUUUUAAAGCAGUGGAGUUGUUUAGGUCUGUCCACUGUUUUCCAACAUGUUGGCCACAAUCCUCCUACCACUUUGUGUUUUUUUAGUUCUCUUCAAUAUCAUGUGCAGAAGGCCGAAGAAUUUUCCACCAGGACCCACUAUCUUGCCAGUCCUUGGGAACAUCCUGAGUCUGAGCUUGGACAAUCCCUUGAAAGAUUUUGAGCGGUUGAGAAAGGCAUAUGGUAAUGUCUACAGUUUGUACCUUGGUCCAAGACCCGCUGUUAUUGUCAAUGGGGUACAAGCAAUGAAGGAGGCUUUAGUUUCCAAGGGGAUUGACUUCGCUGGACGACCGCAAGACCUUUAUGUCAAUGACACCACAGACAGAAAAGGAGUCAUCCUGGCUGACUAUGGUUCUAGCUGGAAGGAUCAUCGGCGAUUUGCACUGAUGACUUUGAGGAACUUUGGUCUUGGGAAGCAGUCAAUGGAGGAGAGGAUACUGGGAGAAACUGAAUUUAUCGUUGAUACAGUGGAAAAGAGCAUCGGUAGUACCUUGAGUCCCCAACUUAUGUUCCAUAAUGCAUCCUCGAACAUCAUCUGUCAGGUUCUGUUUGGUAAACGCUACGAUUACAACGAUGAGUUCAUCAAAGUGAUUGUCAAUUGUUUCACUGAGAAUGCCAAGUUGGCCAAUGGACCGUGGGCAAUGCUGUAUGACUCCUUACCAAUGAUUAGGAGUCUUCCUCUGCCCUUCAUGAAGGCUUUUGAGAACGUCAACAAAUGUCAAAAACUUGCAAAGCAGUUAUUGGCCGAACACAAGAGGACCAGAGUUCCCAAAGAACCUCGAGACUUUCUUGACUGCUAUCUGGAUGAACUUGAUAAGAGACGUGAUGAUGAAGAUUGCUCAUUUUCAGAGGAACAGCUAACAAUGUAUGCUCUAGAUCUUCACUUUGCUGGGACUGACACCACCUCAAAUACCCUCCUUACUGCUUUCCUUUAUCUUAUGACUCACCCGCAUGUACAAGAGCGUUGCCAACAGGAGAUCGAUGAGGUGUUGAAAGGAAAGGAUAAAGUGUGUUUUGAGGACAGAAACAAUAUGCCAUAUAUGCAGGCUGUAAUCCAUGAAGUUCAGAGAGUAGCAAACACUGUACCCCUUAGUGUCUUUCACUGUACAACAAAAAACACAGAGCUUAUGGGAUAUUCUAUUCCCAAGGGUACAAUGAUCAUCCCCAACAUGACCUCGGUGUUACAUGAGGAAGGCCAGUGGAAAUACCCUCACAAAUUUAAUCCUGAAAACUUCCUCAAUGAUCAGGGAGAGUUCAUCAAGCCAGAGGCCUUCAUGCCUUUUUCUGCAGGUCCUCGCAUGUGUCUUGGUGAGGGUUUGGCUCGUAUGGAACUCUUUCUCAUCACCGUGACUCUGCUAAGAAAGUUCAAUUUCAUUUGGCCUGAGGAUGCAGGAGAGCCAGACUUUACCCCGGUGUAUGGAGUAACUCUCACUCCCAAACCUUAUCGUAUGAAGAUCCAACUAAGGGCAAUGCAGUGAAGGUGAACCCAGGUGAUCUCCUCCCUUCCCUGCAUUACCUAGGGGCAACUCAAAACUCCAAAAUGCAUACAGUGGUAUGAAAAAGUAUCUGAACCUUUUGGAAUUUCUCACAUAUCUGCAUAAAAUCACCAUCACAUGUGAUCUGAUCUUUGUCAAAAUCGCAUAGAUGUAAAAACAGUGUCUGAUGUAACUAAAACCACCCAAACAUUUAUAGGUUUUCAUAUUUCAAUGGGAAUAGCAUCCAAACAAUGACAGAAGGGGGAAAACAUGUAAGUGAACCAUCACAUUUAUUAUUUUUUGGGCCCCCCUUUGGCAGCAAUACCUUCAACCAGACACUUCCUGCAGCUGCAGAUCAGUCUGGCACAUCGAUCAGGACUAAAAUUGUUCUCUACAAAACUGCUGUAGAUUCCUGGGAUGUGUGGCAUGAAUCUAUGUCUUUAGGUCAUGCCACAGCAUCUUGAUGGGGUCUGAACUUUUAUUUGGCCACUCCAGAAUGUGUAUUUUUUCUUCUUCUGAAAACAUUCUGAAUUUGAAUUACUUGUGUGUUUUGGAUCAUUGUCUUGUUGCAGCAUCCAUCCUCUUUUAGCUUCAAUUGUCUGACAGACGGCCUCAGGUUUUCCUGCAAAACAUCCUGAUAAACUUUUAAAUUCAUUCUUCCAUUGAUGAUUGCAAGUUGUCCAGGCCCUGAGUCAGCAAAACAGCCCCAAAUCAUGAUGGUCCCUCCACCAUGCUUCACGGUGGGGAUGAGGGGUUGAUGUUGGUGAGCUGUUCCAUUUAUCCUCCACACAUGACGUUGUGUGCUACUCCCAAACAAUUCAACUUUGGUUUCAUAAGUCCACAAAAUAUUUUACCAAAACUUCUGUGAAGUGUCCAAAUGCCUUUUUGCGAACAUUAAACGGGCAACAAUGUUUUUCUUAGACAGCAAUGGCUGUCAUCAUGGAGUCCUCCCAUGAACACCAUUCUGUGCCAUAGUUUUACAUAUAGUUGAUGUGUUCAGAGAGAUAUUGGACUGUGCCAGUGAUUUCUGUAAGUCUUUAGCAGACACUGUAGGGUUUUUACCUCUCUGAGUAUUCUGCGCUGAACUCUUGGCGUCACCUUUGGUGGAUGGCCACUCCUUGGGAGAGAAGCAACAGUGCCAAACUCUCUCCAUUUUUAGACAACUUCUCUGACUGUCGAUUGAUGUACAUCCAGACUUACAGAGAUGGUUUUGUAUCCUUUCCCAGCUUUAUACAAAUCAACACUCCUUGAUCACAGGUCUUCAGACAGCUCUUUUGACCGAGCCAUGAUGCACAUCAGACUAUGCUUCUCAUCAAGACAAUUCUUACCAGGUGUGUGUUUUAUAGUGGACAGCGCAGCUUUAAACCACUCAUCAGUGAUUGGGCACACACACCUGACUUAAAUUGUUUGAAAACCUAUAAAUGUUUGGGUGGUUUUAUUCCAAACAGAAACUGUUUUUACAUCUGUGUGGUUUUGACAAAGAUAAGAUCAUAUUUGAUGGUGAUUUUAUGCAGAAAUGUGAGAAAAUCCAAAAGUUCAGAUACUUUUUCAUACCACUGUAUAUGUCAUCUGAGAGAACUAAAGCUCUCGGUACCGUUUGCAAAAAUGAUUUUCCACUUAAGGCCAGUGACCCUUGAUGUUUUUUUUUUUUUUUUUUUUUUUAUUGCCCUGGACUGGUUUCAUGUGAGAUUUUGAUGUUCCUUUUCAAUGAGCAGUUUGGUCUCAUUUUUUCAGUAAACUACAUCGUAGGGCAUGUUUAUACAGUAUAUAUAUGAACUGUCACUUUCCCUUUUUCAUGUUUUUAUUUCAUGUGUUAUUAUUGUAUUUGAGGAUAUACAGUAGGAUAUACAGUAGAUGUGCAGAUUUUGCAAGUAUUCAUGCAACCAGUCUUAUUCUUGU